AUGUCUCCAAUAUAUUUUAGUUUUAGCUCAGCAUUUAUCCUAGGCCUAAUAGGCCUAGCACUUAAUCGAUCCCACCUUCUAUCAGCCUUAUUAUGCUUAGAAGGUAUAAUAUUAACCAUAUUCAUCGCUAUUGCUAUCUGAUCAAUAACACUAAAUUCAAUAUCAUCAUCAAUUACCCCAAUAAUUUUAUUAACAUUUUCUGCUUGCGAAGCUAGUGCAGGCCUAGCCAUCCUAGUAGCCACCUCACGAACUCAUGGUUCUGACAAUCUCCAAAAUCUUAACCUCCUACAAUGUUAA